AUGUAGAUGAGUGCAGCAAUGAAGGAACUGUUGCCUGUGGAGAUCAUGCAAAAUGUGAAAACGUGGAUGGAGGGUUUAACUGCUCCUGUAAGGAAGGUUAUCAACCAUCCACAGGAAAAUUGCAGUUUAAGCCAAAUGAUGGCACUUCCUGCCAAGAAAAUCCGAAGGCCAAGUGUGAGUUAUUCAAAGACUGUAUAAUGGAACAUAUUAAUAGAACUUUAGCCAGGAUAAGUCAUUUUAAAACACCUCUGGAGAUGCUACAAGAAAUUAAUAAAAAUACUUUGGGACCACUUUUACCUGUAGAUGUGAUUUCAUAUGUUGAAGCACUAUCUUAUUCCUCGUGGAAUACCAUGCAUGAGUCUGUGUCUCAGAAUGAAACACUUCACAAUAUCACCAUUAACGUUUUGGUCAACACUGUGAACAAUUUUUUAAAAAAAGACAAAAUUGCAGUCUGGGAAGCUCUUCCUGUGGAUAACCAAAGGCGGAGCCUGACUACACUGCUGCACACUGCAGAACAGGCGACGCUUCUCAUGUCACAGAACUUCAAAAAGACAACACAGCUAGAUGCUAAUGCAAGUGACAUAGCACUCAAGGUUUUUGCUUUUGAUUCACACCACAUGAAACACAUUCACCCUCAUGUAUACACAGAGGGAGAUUACAUAAAAAUCUCUCCAAAGAAGAGAAAGGAACCUCAUCCUAAUGGCACUGUUGCAGUUGUCUUUCUGCGGUAUAGCAAUAUUGGUUCUUUGCUUUCGUCGCCUAAAAACCUCUCCUCAAAAGAUCCUUCAGAACAGACACAGACAGUAAGCUCAUCAGUUAUAGCUGUUGCAAUUAGCUCAAAUCCACCUACACUUUAUGAGCUCGAGAAAAUAACAUUUACCUUAAAGUAUGCCAAGACUGCAGAUAAAGACAUUAAAUGUGCAUUUUGGAACUACUCAGCAGACACAAUGAAUGGCAACUGGGCUACAGAAGGCUGUGAGCUGACACAUUCCAACUCCACUCAUAUCUCAUGCAAAUGUAAUCAUCUGACUCAUUUUGCUGUGUUGAUGUCCUCAGGUGGCUCUGUUGGUGUUACAAAUUAUAACAUUCUUACAAGAAUCACUCAGCUAGGAAUAAUUAUUUCCUUGAUUUGCCUCUCCAUGUGCAUUUUUACAUUCUGGUUCUUCAGUGAAAUUCAAAGCACUAGAACGACAAUUCACAAAAACCUCUGCUGCAGCCUUUUCCUGGCGGAACUUAUUUUUCUGAUUGGAAUUAAUAUGAACAAUAAUAAGCUCUUCUGCUCAAUUACUGCUGGAUUACUCCAUUAUUUCCUUCUAGCUGCUUUUGCAUGGAUGUGCAUUGAAGGUAUUCACCUUUACCUUAUAGUUGUGGGAGUCAUCUACAACAAGGGUUUCUUGCACAAGAAUUUCUAUGUCUUUGGCUAUGUCAGUCCAGCUGUAGUUGUUGGAAUCUCUGCUGCACUGGGAUACAAGUACUAUGGCACCACGGAAGUAUGUUGGCUCAGCACUAAGAAUAACUUUAUAUGGAGUUUUAUAGGACCAGCAUGUCUAAUAAUUCUUGUUAAUUUGUUGGCUUUUGGAGUGAUUAUUUAUAAAGUAUUUCGACACACUGCAAUGUUAAAGCCAGAAGUUAGUUGUUAUGAAAAUAUAAGAUCCUGUGCCCGAGGUGCUCUUGCUCUCCUGUUCCUCCUUGGGGCUACCUGGAUCUUUGGGGUCCUCCAUGUCGUCCAGGGAUCCGUAGUUACUGCAUAUCUUUUUACAAUCUUCAAUGCAUUCCAGGGGAUGUUCAUCUUCAUAUUUCUUUGUGUGUUGUCUAGGAAGAUUCAGGAGGAGUAUUAUAGAUUGUUCAAAAAUGUUCCUUGCUGUUUCGGCUGCUUGAGAUAAAUGGAAGGAAAACACCAAUAAGAAUCUCAGUGGAAGAAAGGAGCAACCUACAUGAUGUUGUUAUGGAUAUUACAGCAAAAUAUGGUAUUGUGAAAGUAUGAAAUGACCCAGUG